UCGGAAUCGUCCCACUGAUAAUGACGAAGAAUUUUUAAAAAACUUUGAAACCCAAAAAUUUCUCUUGGAAGCCACCAAAAAAUUAUGUGAAGAGAAGAAUAUAGAAUUAAUCAUUUUCCCUCGUGGCACUGCUUCG